UGACAGAGAGAACUAUUCUCUUCAUUGCAGCUGCAUUACCUUGUAUGACACUCUUCAGCACCUUUAACAGUGGAUUUUUUUGUUUGGAAGUAUGAUAUCAAGAUUGGUCUUUCUCCUUUUCUGUGGACAUUUUGCACAAAUCCUUGGAAAUGCUGGGAAAUUGCCAAGAGUUAAAAAACAUAGCCUGAAAGUUCAGAUCAAUGUAACCAGUGAUGCAGUGUGCAUGAGAUACAUCCGUCCAACUCCAAUGUCUAAACUUGAAGGCUUCGUCCUGGGAUAUGGAAGCAACUUCUUCUCUAACCAGUAUAUUCCCCUACCAUCUAAUGGGAAAAUGUACAUGACUGAAGUUGAUGCAGAGCCAAGAUACUUGAUUGCAGUGAGACCAGUUUCCAAUAACAAGAAAUCCUGCUCAGGUAAAACAAAGACACAGAAACCCCUUCAGCUUGUAAUAGGCACUUUAACUCCAACAUCUGUUUUUCUAUCAUGGGGGAUAUUAGUCAAUCCAAAGCAUGAUUGGACCACAAUGAAUAACUGUCCAAAUGACAGAUUUUAUACAGUGCGCUACAGAGAAAAGGACAAGAAAGACAAAUGGAUCCUGCAGCUUUGUCCAACUACAGAAACAGUGGUGGAUAAUUUGAAACCCAACACUAUUUAUGAAUUUGGGGUGAAAGACAAUACAGAUGAUGGGAUAUGGAGUAAGAGUUUCAUUUACAAAAUGGUUAUACCUGGUAAAAACAAAGAAAAUGGAGAACUUCAGAACAACUACAAGUUGCCUAAAAUCCAAACACAGUUUAUACCAGAUUCAAAAGCUUUUAUUCCAGUUAAAGUAAUCAAACAAGUUCUUCAAAAUAUUACACAUCGGACACAGUCUGAAAUUCUAAAGAAGUCUCCUUUAUCAGGACCAAUAAUAGUGCACCUUAUUGUUCCUGAUUUCAAUGCAACAAAACAGAAACCGGCAUCUUCGCCAAGGUUGGAUAUAUUUGAAAAACCAAAACAAAGUGUAGCUAAGAACAAAACUCAAAAAUGGCUCCCAGAAUCAAAGACAUCAGAAGUAAAAGAAAUUACCUCACAAUCCCAGACUGCUAUGACUGAACAAAAUUUGGAAAGGAGUAAACCUACAGCUCCUGGUGUCUCAAAAGAUUCUGCAGUCAAUCAAGCUCACACCGAAACUGAACUGGAAUCUUCAAAACCUAGCAAAUCUCCUAUGAGUGAAAUGCCACUUGACACAUUGGAUCUGCACAAGUUUCUAGGACUUCCAAAAGCAAGACCAUCUCUUAUGCCUCAAGUGCACACAGAACCAUCAGUUUCAAAGAAAAUACAGCCAGUUCCUUUAGAACUCAAAACACCUGUUCCAAAGACUAUACAGACAAAAUCAGCAGUAACAAAUGAAGCUACUUUGGAAUCUUUCCCAUCCAAAACAUCUAAAACUCUUGACUGGCCAAGGGCAACUCUGGCACCAUCUGAAAUCCCAAUCACAUUGAAAUGGAAAGUUUCAGCCACCCCAGAAAGAUGGCAUGACAAACCUGCAGAAAAAGAAUCACAACAGAAAACCACUGCAUCUAGCUUUUUUAAAAUCCCAGAAUUGCCAAGAACAACAAUGGUUCCCAGGGAGCAAAAAAUUCCUGUUUCCAAGCCCCAAUUCCUUCCCCCUCUGGAAGAGCCAAAGAUUACACUGGCAGUUACCAACAAAUUGAUUCCACUUCCUGCUUCAACAAAGAUAUCUGUCACUGAUGGACAUCCAGUGGCAACAAUGGCUUCAAAAGAAAUAAAUCCUGUUCCAUCAAAGUCUAAAGAAUUCGACUAUACCAAACCAGAAGAACCAGACAGGAAAUUUGUUUCAACUGAUGAUGAUAAUUAUCUUCCUAAACUCUUGACUACACCAGAAUUUCCAAUUACCAAACAUGCUGAAGAUGAUAAUUAUCUUCCUAAAGUUUUGACCACAUCAGAAUCCCCAAUCACCAAACCUGCUUCUCAUAAACCAAGGCCGGUUCCAACCCAGCUUAAACAACCUGACAACAUCAUACCAGAAGUACCAGACAUGAAACAUGAUUCUUAUAAAGCAAGCCCGGUUCCGCCAAAGUAUAAACAACCUGACUACAUCAUGCCCGCACUACCAGACAAGAAACAUGUUUCAACCGAAGACGAUAAUUAUCUUCCUAAAAUCAUGACCACGCCAGAUCUUCCAAUUACCAAAUCUGAUUCUUAUAAACCAAGCCUGGUUCCACCAAAGUAUAAAGAACCCAACAACAUCAUGUCUGCACUACCAGACAAGAAACAUGUUUCAACUGUGGAUGAUAAAUAUCUUCCUAAAGUCUUGACCACAUCAGAACUUCCUAUUACCAAACCUGUUUCAACCGAAGACGAUAAUUAUCUUCCUAAAGUCAUGACCACUCCAGAUCUUCCAAUUACCAAAUCUGAUUCUUAUAAACCAAGCCUGGUUCCACCAAAGUAUAAAGAACCCAACAACAUCAUGUCUGCACUACCAGACAAGAAACAUGUUUCUUAUGAACCAAGCCCUGCUCCAUCAAAAUUUAAAGAAUCUGGCUACAUCACUGCAGAAGUACCAGACAGGCAACAUGUUUCAACCGAGGACGAUAAUUAUCUUCCUAAAGUCAUGACCACUCCAGAUCUUCCAAUUACCAAAUCUGAUUCUUAUAAACCAAGCCUGGUUCCACCAAAGUAUAAAGAACCCAACAACAUCAUGUCUGCACUACCAGACAAGAAACAUGUUUCAACUGUGGAUGAUAAAUAUCUUCCUAAAGUCUUGACCACAUCAGAACUUCCAAUUACCAAACCUGUUUCUUAUGAACCAAGCCCUGCUCCAUCAACAUUUAAAGAAUCUGGCUACAUCACUGCAGAAGUACCAGGCAGGCAACAUGUUUCUUAUGAAUCAAGCCCUGUUCCACCAAAAAUUAAGGAAUCUGGCUACAUCAUUGCAGAAGUACCAGACAGGAAAAAUGAUUCUUAUAAACCAAGCCCGGUUCCGCCAAAGUAUAAAGAACCCAACAACAUCAUGUCUGCAGUACCAGACAAGAAACAUGUUUCAACUGUGAAUGAUAAAUAUCUUCCUAAAGUCUUGACCAUGCAAGAACUUCCAGUUACCAAACCUGUUUCUUAUCAACCAAGCCCUGUUCCAACAAAAUUUAAAGAACCUGGCUACAUCACUGCAGAAGUACCAGACAGGAAACAUGAUUCUUAUAAACCAAGCCUGGUUCCACCAAAGUAUAAAGAACCCGACAACAUUAUGCCCGCAGUACCAGACAAGAAACAUGUUUCAACUGAGGAGGAUAAUUAUCUUCCUAAAGUCUUCACCACACCAGAUCUUCCAAUUACCAAAUCUGAUUCUUAUAAAUCAAGCCUUGUUCCGCCAAAGUAUAAAGAAUCCAACAACAUCAUGCCCGCAGUGCCACACAAGAAACAUGUUUCAACUGUGGAUGAUAAAUAUCUUCCUAAAGUCUUGACCACGCCAGAACUUCCAAUUACCAAACCUGUUUCUUAUGAACCCAGCCCUAUUCCAUCAAAAGUUAAACAACCUGGCUACAUUAUUACAGAAGUACCAGAGAAGAAACAUGUUUCAGCAAUGGAUGGUAAAUAUCUUCCUAAAGUCUUGACCACACCAGAUCUUCCAAUUACCAAAUCUGUUUCAACUGAGGGUGAUAAUUAUCUUCCUAAAGACUUUAACAAGCCAGAACUUCCAAUUUCCAAAUCUGUUUCAACUGAGGAUGAUAAUUAUCUUCCUAAAGUCUUGACCACACCAGAACUUCCAAUUACCAAAUCUGUUUCUUAUGAACCAAGCCCUGUUCCAUCAAAAUUUAAAGAACCUGGCUACAUCAUGCCAGAAGUACAAGACAGGAAACAUGUUUCAACUGAGGAUGAUAAUUAUCUUCCUAAAGUCUUGACCACGCCAGAGCUGCUACUUACCAAACCUGUUUCUUAUGAACCCAGCCCUGUUCCGUCAAAAUUUAAACAACCUGGCUACAUCAUUACAGAAGUACCAGAGAAGAAACAUGUUUCAACAAUAGAUGAUAAAUAUCUUCCUAAAGUCUUGACCACACCAGAUCUUCCAAUUACCAAACCUGCUUCCUAUGACUCAAGCCCUGAUCCAUCAAAAAUUAAAGAACCUAACUACAUCUUUUCAGAAGUACCAGAGAGAAAUCAUGUUUUGGAACCUAUUACGUUUAGCAAUGAACUUCUAAUAGUAGAUACAAAGGCCAAGCAUCAUGUUUCCAUCACUGAAACAACAAUCAGUCCACUGCUACUACCAAAAUCUGCUCCUAAGGAAACACAUCAAGUUCCAACCAGACCAAAAACUUCUUCCAGUCCUGAUACAACCCCAACCAAAUCCAGUCUAAAUAUCAAACAUGAUCCAUCCAAACCUAAAAAUCGUCCUGGUGAAAAAACACAACAGUCAAAACCAGAAAUUAUUCCAUUCUCUCAAGAUUUUAUUACAACUAUGGUGCCUGUUGCCCCUGAAAAGACAAAGGAAACACUUGAUCCAAAAGAAACACGCCUUAUUCCUUCAAAACCCAAAUCAUCUGACAAACAAGAAAGAAACAAGACUAAACCUGCUUCAUCUAAACUGAACAACAAAGUGACAGUCACCAAAACGCCACGUUUGAGAAAAGUUGUCCACAGAACAACACCUGCCCCUCCUAAAAUCAGAACACCAGGAGGACCGUCCAAGACUAAAAAACCAAGAGAUGAGAAAUUAAAAAAUGAAGAUGUUACAAAGCCGCUCCCUCCAAGCUCUAGUACUAAGUCCAGUAUAUCAGUGGAUUCCACAAUUGCAAGAAAAAAACCAGAUCCAGCUACACUACCUGGUACUCCACGACCUCCUUUAGCUCCUGCCAGACCUACACCAAUACGAAGAAGACCUUUACCACCCAACAAUGUGACUGGUAAACCUGGCCGUUCAGGAAAUGUCUUGAUGCCACGAGCAUCUUCAUUUCUCACAACUUCUAUAGCAAAACCCACUUGGCCAAGUUCUCUUGUGAAAACAAAUUCACCUAAAAAGCUACCUACAGCAGCAGCUUCUCCAAAUUACAAUAAUCCAAUGUUCAGUUCUAUCCCUACAACCGAGACUGAUAUUGCAGGCACACCAAGGUAUACAGGUGACCAUGUGAAAUACCUUAAAAAAGAAGAUGAUGUACCUUGUUCUAUCACAGAUAGUAUGCAACACUUUUCAUCUGAUACAGAGGACAAUAGAGACAUAGCUACUAGUCCCCCCAAAAAACCUCCCACAAACCUCACUGUGGUGACUGUUGAGGGAUGUUCAUCUUUUGUGAUACUGGAUUGGAAGCCACCAGAAAAUGAAACUGUAACAGGAUAUAAAGUUGUAUCAACAGAAAAUGGAGGCACAGUUGGAAAAGAUACAUCCAUUAUAACCACAAAUCAAACCCAUUCUACAGUGGAAAAUCUGAAACCUAAUACAAGCUAUGAAUUUGUUGUGAUAGCUAGCAACCCUCUUGGGGACGGUCCAAGUAGUGAGUCAAAACCAUUUAGAACUGAAUCGGCUGACCCAAGAGUAACGGAAUCUAUUUCAAUGGGGAAAGAUGCAAUUUGGACUGAAGUCGGCUUUAAUUCUGAUGAUGACUAUUCUGAAUGUAAGGGGAAACAGUAUGUCAAGAGGACUUGGUACAAGAAGUUUGUGGGUGUUCAGUUGUGUAACUCCCUUCGAUAUAAAAUUUACCUCAGUGAUUCACUUAAAGGAAAAUUUUAUAAUAUAGGAGAUCAGAGAGGACAUGGAGAAGAUCAUUGUCAAUUUGUGGAUUCAUAUUUAGAUGGAAAGACAGGGCAAAUGCUUCCAUCAGAUCAACUGCCUUCCAAAGAUGGUUAUUUUAGAGCUGUUCGUCAGGAACCUGUCCACUUUGGAAAAAUAGGAGCUGGAACACACAAUACUUAUGUUCAUUGGUAUGAGUGUGGAACUACAAUACCUGGAAAAUGGUAGAAAAUGGUAGCAGUUAUAUUGCAGAAAGAAAUAUCAUAAAUGGAUGUCUUGGGAAGCUGGCUCCCUAAUAGUAUCUUAUAUUAUCUACUUAUUGUAAAAGGUGUAGUUUAUUUUUUACUAUUGUUGUGAUAUUUUGAGGCACCUUUACUGAAAAGCGGAUAAGAAAAAGUAUCUUCUGAAUUUGUAUUAAUGUAUAUUGCCAAUGGUCACAUUCUACUUCUUUUCAAACAUACUUAAAUUAUUCUCUGUUAAUUCCUGGAUAUUUUUGCCACUUUAUAAAAAAUCCAAUCCAAUUGAAAAGUUGCAGAUUUUAUUCAAGCUUUAGAUAAAAUUGACACUCUUGAUUUCAGAUUUCAAUUAAAAUAUCAUUCAGGAAAAAAGAAUCAUGUUAAUUGAACCGAUACCAAUAACCUUCUACUAUCAUAAAUGUCUUUCAUUGUGCAAGAGCUCCUUAACGCAAGGGAGAUAGCAAUAGCAAUAGCAGUAGACUUAUAUACCGCUUCAUAGGCCUUUCAGGCCUCUCUAAGCGGUUUAC